UAGCAGCACUAGCAUCAUCUACGCUGGUAAAACACAUGACAUCACACCCUAGGCCCAGUGAUAGCAGUACUAGCAUCAUCUGCGCUGGUAAAACACAUGACAUCACACCCUAGGCCCAGUGAUAGCAGCACUAGCAUCAUCUACGCUGGUAAAACACAUGACAUCACACCCUAGGCCCAGUGAUAGCAGUACUAGCAUCGUCUGCCCUGGUAAAACACAUGACAUCACACCCUAGGCCCAGUGAUAGCAGUACUAGCAUCGUCUGCCCUGGUAAAACACAUGACAUCACACCCUAGGCCCAGUGAUAGCAGUACUAGCAUCAUCUGCGCUGGUAAAACACAUGACAUCACACCCUAGGCCCAGUGAUAGCAGCACUAGCAUCAUCUACGCUGGUAAAACACAUGACAUCACACCCUAGGCCCAGUGAUAGCAGUACUAGCAUCAUCUGCGCUGGUAAAACACAUGACAUCACACCCUAGGCCCAGUGAUAGCAGUACUAGCAUCGUCUGCCCUGGUAAAACACAUGACAUCAUACCCUAGGCCCAGUGAUAGCAGUACUAGCAUCGUCUGCCCUGGUAAAACACAUGACAUCACACCCUAGGCCCAGUGAUAGCAGUACUAGCAUCAUCUGCGCUGGUAAAACACAUGACAUCACACCCUAGGCCCAGUGAUAGCAGUACUAGCAUCAUCUGCGCUGGUAAAACACAUGACAUCACACCCUAGGCCCAGUGAUAGCAGCACUAGCAUCAUCUGCGCUGGAUGGUCAAGAAGGCAUUAGCUGUGAACAGUUUAUCAGCUGGGCCUCUUCUUACGUCUCCUCGAUGUUUGGCAGUCUCCACCAGUGGCUCAUGGGGAGAAUUCUGAAUGGAGGGUCAGCACAACCACAGGUGUUACCAUGCUGUUCCUGGUCCCAUGACAGUAUAGUACUCCUCAGUCCAGAUACUGUCUGGCUCUUGUCCAUGGUGCUUCCUGGAUGUUACCUUGGUAACCAGCAUGCCCUGCCUACUGCAGCACCCUCAGAUGACCAGGAGGUUCCCGUUUGGACCCUCCUCUAUGACUGUGUGGAGCACGGACAGAGCUUGAACAGGUUCAAGCACCAUUGCUUCUCAUACCGAGGUCCUACCCUUUUCAUUGUGAGGGUCAUGUCUGGUCAAGUCUUUGUUAUGGCAAUAGACACCGAAUGGAGGGAGUCUUCAUCUUCAUGGGGUAAAACUGAUUGUGUGAUGGUUUACGUCCAGCCACAACUACAGGUUUUACAAGGGGGUGCCAACAUGGUAUUCUUCAAUGAGCGAACCCGAGGGCGUCCCAUGGGAAUUGUACUGGGGCCACUUGCCAAUCCAUGGGCAGUUAUAGAUACGGAUUUGUCCUCUGUCAGACUACAAGGCGACAGUGAUACCCAGACCAUCACGAAACUAGAGGUUUGGGGAUGUGGGGGAGAGAAAGCCAAAGAAUUCCAGAAAAAGCAACAGCAAUGGGAGCGUGCUCAGGCCGAGAAAUCACGUAAGGUUAAGUUACCCGGAAAAUGGGACGACAACCCAGAUAAAGCAAUACUAGAAAUGGCAGGAAUAAGAACAAACUACAGUCAAAGAUGAGAUUGCGUGAGAUGUCAAGAGACGCAGCCUAUGGCAAAAAGGCUACAACCAAAGACGACAGGAAUAGAGAUGGAAGGAAUUACUACCCAAAAAGAUGUGUAUGAAUGGAUUAAAGCUAUCUCCAGUGAUAAAUAGGACGCGAUACCGCGGAAGACGAGAGUUUCUUUAUUUGCACGAGAAAGGGUGGGAUCUUACGGCAGGUAGAGAGCCAAAUAGACCGGACCAGGACGAGGUAGAUGGGGAUGAAAGCCACUCUUAGCCAAAAAGUGGCACGGAAGCAACAUCCGUCUACAAACAACGGUCCUGUCAUUAUUUGAUCCAUACUCGAAGACCCAGCGUACUUUGCGGGAGCGUCCGCAAAGCAUUUGAACAUUCACAUUUGAUAGAAAUUUAUUGAAUAUCUAAUGACAUCGAUGUAUAAAUUGCAUUAUUUUAAUAUGAAUAUAUUUAUAUACAUUA